AUGGCCUAUCCAGGCCCCAGUUCGCCAGGAGGCUACAAUGACGGCCACAGGCUACAGGACAUCACUCCCUCUGCGAGCCAAUACCAUCUGCCACAAGAGGACGAGUCUUCUCGCUCGCUUCUCAAUCAGGGUCCCUACGGCGGGCCCUUCGACGACCCCCAGCAACGAGGACACUCGCCCGUCAGGCCCGCCUCCAAGUACAGUCUGACCGAGUCUUACUCGACGGACGCUCCCACCAUGGCCCAGUACCCGCAGGACCAGAUGCAGAACCCAGCUGCCGGCUUUGGCGUGCCCGGACGUGUGCCCUCGCCUUACACUCGCAGCGAGACCUCCUCCACCGAGGCCUGGCGCCAGAGACAGGCUCCCCAGCAAGGCAACCUGCGUCGUUAUGCCACCAGGAAGGUCAAGCUUGUCCAGGGCUCCGUCCUCAGUAUCGACUAUCCCGUGCCCAGUGCUAUUCAGAAUGCCGUCCAGGCCAAGUAUCGCAACGACCUCGAGGGCGGCAGCGAGGAGUUCACCCACAUGAGAUAUACCGCGGCCACCUGCGAUCCCAACGAGUUCACCCUGCACAACGGCUACAAUCUGCGUCCAGCCAUGUACAACCGUCACACCGAGCUACUCAUCGCCAUCACCUACUACAACGAAGACAAGGUGCUGACCGCCCGUACGCUCCACGGUGUCAUGCAGAACAUCAGAGACAUCGUCAACCUGAAGAAGUCCGAGUUCUGGAAUAAAGGCGGUCCCGCUUGGCAGAAAAUCGUUGUCGCUCUCAUCUUUGACGGCAUCGAUCCAUGCGACAAGGACACGCUUGAUCUCCUCGCCACCGUCGGCGUCUACCAGGACGGCGUCAUGAAGAAGGAUGUCGACGGAAAGGAGACCGUUGCUCACAUUUUCGAGUAUACCACACAGCUCUCUGUGACUGCGAACCAGCAGCUCAUCCGGCCGCACGAUGACAGCCCCUCUACUCUUCCGCCCGUCCAGAUGAUGUUCUGUUUGAAGCAGAAGAACAGCAAGAAGAUCAACUCCCAUAGAUGGCUCUUCAACGCCUUUGGUCGUAUCCUCAAUCCCGAAAUAUGUAUCCUCCUUGAUGCCGGUACUAAGCCAGGGCCAAAAUCCCUGCUUGCCCUGUGGGAGGCCUUCUACAAUGACAAGGACCUCGGUGGGUCGUGCGGUGAGAUUCACGCCAUGUUGGGUAAAGGAUGGAAGAACCUCAUCAACCCUCUCGUUGCCGCCCAGAACUUCGAGUACAAGAUCAGUAAUAUUCUCGACAAGCCGCUGGAGAGUUCUUUUGGAUAUGUCAGUGUGUUGCCCGGUGCCUUCUCGGCCUACCGAUUCCGCGCCAUCAUGGGAAGACCGCUGGAACAGUACUUCCAUGGUGACCAUACUCUCUCCAAGCAGCUUGGCCCCAAGGGUAUCGAGGGCAUGAACAUCUUCAAGAAGAACAUGUUCUUGGCCGAAGAUCGUAUUCUCUGCUUCGAGCUUGUGGCCAAAGCCGGCUCUAAGUGGCAUCUUACCUACGUCAAGUCCUCCAAGGGUGAGACUGACGUCCCCGAAGGAGCUCCAGAGUUCAUCGGUCAGCGACGACGAUGGCUCAACGGUUCUUUCGCUGCCAGUAUCUACGCUCUUAUGCAUUUCGGCAGAAUGUACAAGAGUGGACACAAUAUUAUUCGCAUGUUCUUCUUCCACAUUCAGAUGCUUUACAACACUUUCACUGUCUUCAUGACCUGGUUCGCCCUUGCUUCGUACUGGCUUACUACCUCCGUCAUCAUGGAUCUUGUCGGUAACCCCGGUCCGUCUAACGGUGAGAGAGCUUUCCCGUUCGGUAACAGGGUCACUCCCAUCUUAAACACUCUGUUGAAAUACGCAUACCUUGGCUUUUUGCUCCUGCAGUUUAUCCUCGCACUCGGUAACAGGCCCAAGGGUUCCAAGCACUCGUACAUCACAUCGUUCGUCCUUUUCGGCGUCAUUCAGCUAUACAUCAUCAUUCUAUCCAUGUACCUUGUCGCCCGAGCCUUCAAUGGUGGUACCUCCUUAUCUUUUAACACUUCAAAUGGCCCAGUCGAGUUUAUAAAAUCCUUCUUCGGCUCAUCCGGCCCGGGUAUUAUCGUCAUUGCUCUUGCGGCAACCUUUGGUCUCUACUUUAUCGCCUCCUUCAUGUACUGUGACCCAUGGCACAUGUUCACUUCUUUCCCGGCCUACCUCCUCAUCAUGUCCUCGUACAUCAACAUUCUUAUGGUCUACGCUUUUAGCAACUGGCAUGAUGUUUCCUGGGGUACUAAGGGAUCUGACAAAGCUGAUGCCUUGCCAUCCGUUCAAACAACAAAGGAGGAUGGAAAGUCCGCCACAAUUGAAGAAGUUGACAAGCCCCAGGCAGAUAUUGACAGUCAAUUUGAAAGCACCGUCAAGCGCGCCCUGACUCCAUAUGUCGAACCCAAGGUCGAUGAGAAGAAGACCCUCGAGGAUUCGUAUAAGAGUUUCCGUACCCGAUUAGUCUCUUCUUGGCUCUUCUCGAACGCAAUUCUGGCCGUCGCUAUUACAAGUGAUAGUGUAAAAUCGCUCGGAUUUACUUCACAAGCCACCGAGCGUACCAGUCGCUUCUUCCAGGCUCUUCUGUGGGCAACUGCUGCACUCUCUCUCAUUCGAUUCAUUGGAGCAUGCUGGUUCCUUGGUAAAUCCGGCAUUAUGUGCUGUUUCGCUAGAAGAUAG